CUCCCCACCGCAGGAUUUAAAAGUGUGUCUCGGCAGCCCUGGUCCAGCCCUCCGCAGGGCUCCAGGACGAGCGCUCAGCUGGCGCAUCUGGGCCGGGACAGUGACAAUGUUUAGUGUCAUCGGCGACAAAUACACGUACAGGGGACCCCAAUAGGCAGGCUGGUGUGUCGGGGGACGGCAAGCCAGGAGUGAAGUCUGACAUAGGUGUGUGCACACGCAUAUGUGUAGCUGGCCACAUAUGUGCGUACUUUAAGGAAAGACUAGUUUUGUUUUUGGUUUUGGUUCCUGGGGUGAAUUUUCUGUUGAACAUUUUUCUCUCUUAUUUGAUUUUUUUUUCCAUUAAAAAAAACUUUAAUAUAAAAAGUAUAAGAAUCAUACCGAAAAGACUGAGGCGUGCGGCAGACGGCAGAUGGAUCCCGUGGCCAGCAGCUGCAUGAGGAGCCCCCGCCCCCCUGCCUCUGUGUGGGGCUGCCUUCGAAAUCCCCAGUCGGAAGGCAGUGGGGUCUCCGGGCUCCCCCACUACCCGCCGACCCCGUUCUCCUUCCACCAGAAACCAGACUUCCCGGCGACAGCGACAGCAGCGUACCCCGACUUCUCGGCCUCCUGCCUGGCGGCCACCCCACACAGCCUGCCCCGGGAGGAGCGCGUCUUCACUGAGCAGCACCCCGCCUUUCCACAGCCCCCCGACUGGCACUUCCCUGUCUCGGAGGCCCGGCGCAGGCCCAAUCCGGGCCCAGCUGGGGGCUCCAGGGAGAUGGGGGCCAGCAGCCCAGGCUUGGUAGACGCCACGGGAGGCCCAGGCGAGGACUAUGAGGUCCUUGGGAGCACUGCCAAUGAGACGGAGAAGAAGUCAACCAGACGGAAAAAGGAGAGUUCAGGUCAAAGUGUGGUUCCAGAACCGAAGAAUGAAGUGGAAGCGUGUGAAGGGGGGUCAGCCCAUCUCCCCCCAUGGGCAGGACCCCGAGGAUGGGGACUCUGCAGCCUCUCCAAGUUCAGAGUGAGAGUCUCCAUGGAGAAUAAAGGACUGAGGACUGAGCCCCCUGCCCACCUCCCCUCCCCCAAUCCCAGCUUCACCUUCUCCCACCCCAGGACAGCCUCCUUACAUCUCGCAGUGACUCUUGGAUAUGAAGCUGCCCAGUGCUCCUGGGAGCCUUGAAGUUUCCCAGAAAGUUCUGUCCAUCGUUGCUGUGUCUUAGCACCCCUUCCCCAGAGUCUUUGCUUCCCACGCUUCUCAUGAAAUCACACAGUGGCCUGACUGGACCCGAGUGAAUCCGGAGAACAGCUCCAGGGACACCGCUUCUCAGGGUCUCUUGGCCACUACCCACACCUCCUCCUGCCACCUUUCUCCUGCACCAGCCAGGCCUCCGCCAGGUCUGGACACCACCUGACCCGCUGGGAGAGGAGCCUUGGGACCAGCUGGCGACUCGUGAAAAUGCUCCAAAAGAAAGGAAGUGACUGAGACACACACACACCCUAGACCACCCUUCCUUUCCGGGCUCUAUAUCUGAGGCUUGCGGCGGCCUCGGUUCUCCUAAAACCCCAGGGGAAAUCAGUGUGAGGAAGGUUGGGGACAGAAACUCAGCUGCUGCAAAUCAGAAACAGUCCCUGUCUCCAAAUUUGUUGGCUCAGUGGGCAAGUUUAUGAGCAGUGGCUGGAAGAAGACAAUCAGAAAAGCAGCCUGGUGUAAGUCUCUGUGGCCCACACGGGCCCGUUCACACUGGCUUGGCUGGGUGGGGGAGGAUGGACCCAGGAAAGCACCUUCUUCUUCAGGAUCAAUUCAGGGACACAACUGGGACUAUUGAGCAGCACCCCAGAACAACAGAGCAGCUGUUCCUUUUCAAUCCGCAAUUUCUGAAUUGAAAACCUAUCCAGGGGCUCACAUUGUUGAGUUGAGGGCUGGAGAGUGUCCCCUGUGUUCUGAGAAUGGAGAGAGGAUACUAGAGCCAUGGAACCCUGAAGAGGAAGGUUCUCCCGCUGCAGUGUCCUGUGCUUUCAAAGGACUCUGACUGCAAACGGGGACAAGCAAGCAGUCCCUCCUUCUCCACCGGAUGCAUCUGAGCCCCUCCUAUGUGUUUCACAAAUGCUGAUAUUAUGGGAGGAGCUGCUAAGUUUGUGUGUGUGGACUGCCCAGAUCCUCUGGCGUGACACUCCAGGACUGAUGGCCAAACAGCCUGGGGUGACUGAGACCUCGGGGGAGACCCCCCUGCCGGCCUCAGUGCUCUGUCUCUCAGUACCAGCGGUGCCGCAGAGGAGGUCAGCAGGAGUUUGGAGCUCUUGUAUGUAGAUUUCAACAUUCACGUGUAAAAAGGACCCCACCGUCCCAUCCCGAAAGGACAAACGCCGUGGAAAAUGAUUGCCAAAUAAGAUGGCUGGUUAGAGCGUGUGUAACUUUUUCUAAAGCAUACUUCAUAUGUUUUCUUAAGAUUACAUCAAAUUAACCGUGCAAGGUCAAGUCACUUAGUAAGAAAACUCUCGGAGAAAUAAAAUCCAUAAAAAAGCCAAGUUCCCAGGCUUUGUUCCUUGCAAAGCUGAGAACAACAGCUCUGUGUGCAAUCCUCUGUUGCUCAAGUGAUGAUCAGCCAGUUUCUAGAAGCAAUGAAAAAAGGGAAGAAAUCAUCUAGAAUAAGGUAUCCCCCUUUAUGUUCUUCAAAAUGUGGGGGUGCAAAUGUAGUCAUUGUCAAAAAAAGUCUUUCCUCCCAUGCAGCUGCAUUGUCUUCUUUUCCCGUUGUCAAAUUUAUCUUUCAGUUUUGCUAACCUAUGGCUUAUAGUCUGAGCUCUGUAAAGAAAAAAAAGAUGAACUCUUUUGUUAAUAAAGGAAUCUUGACCGUAAAGUAA